CCACUGAAUUCUCCAAACGCCCUGGAACUUCUCUCCAGUGAUUAUUCCUCCUUUUCUCUAAAAUAUUUCCCUCUUUUGCAUAAAAAAAAAACAGUGGAGGGUCUCUUGAAAUGGCGGGAAUUUUAUAAAUUGAGUUUUACGAUAUUUUUCACCCUGGAGUUUGACACGUCAUCGGGGGACUAGUGCAGAGACGGGAGAUCAUUGCGAAAGGAUAUGGAAUUCUCUGGGGAGACCAUAAAUGCCGUGCGAUGAUCUAUGGAGAAAUUCUUAGAUCUGGGUAGAUCAUGUGCGUAUUGUCCCAGAAUUUGAGAAAAUGAUCUUCACCCACGUGAUGACCUGACCCAGAGACCGAAGCCUGAUAACAAUUAAAUGAGGGACUGAUGUAAUUGUGAGGGAAUGAUGGAAUAUUCGUAGAUCAUUGCUGAAGGGACAAGUGGUGACACCGAAAUUUCGAAAGACAAAAAACACUGGAAAAAUGUGGCCCCGAGUGAGAAAAGUCUUUCGAGUGUGGCCCCUGGCUCUCUCAACGAUUUUUAUUAUCUGUAUGGUGCUGAUAUGGUCUCACAGACAGCGGGGCAACGAGUACGGCGAGGACUACGUGUCGUUAAAGCUGUUGGAUGAUCAGAAGGAUUACAUUGAUCGAAGGGGAAUUCACGUGGUUGUUGGGCACUACAUUGGAGAUUCCGUGGAUCCUUUGAAGAGUCCAAACGUCACGAAAGAAAUUGUAAAUAAAAAUAUGUUCAGCCCAAAACCAUUUAAUGGAAAGAACGGAGAACCCGUUCUCAUCUCACCAAAGGAUUUCAUUAUCAUGCAACAGCUCUUCCAGAUCAAUAGAUUCAAUUUAAUGGCUAGCGAUCGAAUCCCCUUGAAUCGGAGUCUCCCAGACGUCAGAAAGAAGAAGUGCACAAUCAGGUACUCGAACCUGUCAGGACUCCCCAAGACUUCUGUAAUAAUCGUAUUCCAUAACGAGGCUUGGAGCACUCUUUUAAGGACAGUCCACAGCGUGAUAUCAAGGUCUCCUGCCAAUUUAUUGACAGAAAUUCUCCUGGUUGACGACAACAGCGAUCGAGAAUUUUUGAAACAGCCUCUGGACGAUUACGUGAAAACUCUGGAUGUACCAACUAGGGUUUUACGAUCGGAGAAACGAGUGGGCCUCAUAAACGCUCGUCUACUGGGAGCGAGAGAGGCUGCUGGGGAGGUGCUCACAUUCCUCGAUGCACACUGCGAAUGCACGGUUGGAUGGCUCGAGCCACUUCUUGAGGCCAUUUCCAAGGAUAGGACGAGGGUUGUAUCGCCUGUCAUUGAUAUUAUCAAUGACAAUACGUUUGCAUAUACCAGAUCGUUCGAGCUACACUGGGGGGCAUUCAAUUGGGAUCUCCACUUCCGGUGGUUGACCCUGAGUGGCCCACUGAUGAGGGAACGACGUGAGAACAUCGUUGACCCCUUCAAGACCCCAGCAAUGGCCGGUGGAUUAUUUUCGAUGGACAAAAAUUAUUUCUUUGAACUUGGCAGUUAUGACGACCAAAUGAAAAUAUGGGGUGGAGAGAAUCUCGAGCUCUCGUUUCGCGUUUGGCAGUGCGGUGGGAGUGUUGAAAUAGCACCUUGUUCACACGUCGGUCAUCUCUUCAGGAAGUCAUCGCCUUAUACCUUUCCGGGUGGAGUCGGAGAAAUUCUUUAUGGCAAUCUUGCCAGAGUUGCACUUGUCUGGAUGGACGAGUGGGCGGAAUUUUAUUUUAAAUUCAAUCCUGAAGCAGCAAGACUUCGCGAUAAACAGCAAAUUCGAUCUCGAUUGGAGUUACGUAAGGAGUUGAAAUGCAAGAAUUUCGAGUGGUACUUAGAUAACGUGUGGCCCGAUCAUUUUUUCCCGAAAGACGAUCGUUUCUUCGGACGAAUAAUGCACAUCCCAUCAGAGAAAUGCAUUAUGAAACCAAUAGCAAAAGGUAUAUACGCCCAACCUGCGGGCUACGCUGCAUACGAGCCUUGCAUGAAACCUCCCAAUCUCAGUCAGAUGUUCGUAAUGACUAAAUCGGGGAUCAUAAUGACGGACGAGAGCCUCUGCAUGGAUGCACCAGAGCGAGAUACCAGACACGAGAGGCCGAAGGUGAAGAUUAUGGCGUGCAGUGGACUAUUCAGGCAAAAGUGGAGUUACGACCAACAGACUAAAGCGGUCGUCCACACAAGCACUGGAAUGUGCCUUCACAUAGACCCGGAGGGUUCAGAAGGCCCUGUAAUUGCCUUCUGCAGUGGAAACAUCGAGCAGCAGUGGAAAUUGGAGCCCAUACCCUGGAAAUAACAAUCGAUCUUACGAGCAUUAUUUUUCACACGUGUAAAUACUCACUUCACUUACAUUGAAUAACGCCAUGAGGUCAGGACUUCAGGGCGAGGCGCAUUAUUUACUCCGACAUGAAUAAAUAUUUUAAUUUUUUAUAAAAAAAACGAUCUGCAGACUCGUCCUGAUACUCUUGAGUUGUUAAAUUAAUUGCAUAAGUUUUGUAUACAUUGAAUAAA